AUGUUACGAUAUCUAUGCAAAAUUUGCUGCAUAACAGGGAAAUAUACCUUUUUCGUUCUAACUCUAACGAUCAUCGUCCUGAGCAGCACAUUUGGGGGUACAAUUUAUUGUGCAAGCCUUUUCGGAUUGGUUAGCAUUUUUCCUAAAGAAUAUUCGCAAGCCCUAAUUAUUGGGAAUGCUCUAUCCGGCAUCUUUACUGCGCUAGCCAAUAUCAUGUCUUUAGUCGAUGUGCAGCAGAAAAAGAAAUUGCUGGAAGAUGAUGAAGCACAACUCAGUGAUACUGAUGACGAAGAUAUGUAUGUUCCAUACGGAAAUAAUAAAUUGAAGCGUCUACAUUAUGUUUUCAUGAAGAUAUGGCCCAUUGCAUUAGCCGCAUUCUGGUGUAAUGUGAUUUCCUUUUGUGUAUUUCCAAGCGUCGUAACUCGUGGUAUUUCUAUUUAUCGAAAAAGUAACACCUUAUUAACAGGUCCUCUAUUUAUACCUGUAACAUGCUUUCUAAUGGAUGCUACUGCCGAUAUUGUUGGUCGAAUUCUCUCCAGAUGGAUACUAUUUCCUAGGCAAAAUCAAGGGAUAUUGUUGCUUUUAAUAUCCUUAUGCAGAGUUAUCUUUAUCCCACUCUUCCUUUAUUGUAAUAUCCAUCCACGAAAGCAUCUGCCAGUAAAGAUCUACAGCGAUAUCGCUUAUAUGGUAUUGAUUAUGCUGUGUGGCUUUUCUCAUGGGUAUAUAACUACGUUAUGUACUAUGUAUGCGGGAAAGCGAGUUCCACCUCAAUUUAGCGAAUCGGCAGGAGCAAUUAUCUAUUAUUUCGUUACUGUUGGGAUUGCCGCAGCCUUUCCUUCGAAUAUCUUGACACAGGCAUCUGAAGUAUGCAAUUUCAAUGACAACAAAUCCUCAAUGCCUACCCCAUUAAGCAGCAAUAGAUCAUAA